AUGUCUCUGCGCAUCAGACAUUCUAAUUUGCAAGACGGCGUUACGCUCCUCGCGCUUUCUGCCCUGCUGGUAACCUUCGCUCACCGCCAAGCUCGAUCAAAACCCACCUCCCUGCCCGCACUCGCCACAUUGCCGCGAACACACAGCCCACAGCCGUCAUACAUGUGCAAGAACACAUCAUAUCAGCCUCCUCAAGCCACAGCUCAAGUCAUCCGCCAAUCCAGCGUCGGUAUCGAGCACCGCACAGCUGCCAAAGAAAAUGCUGUGCGAGGAGGAGAGACACCAAGCCAACACCUGGCCGUCGAAUCUUCUGCGUCAUUGCUCUUGACAGACUGCCAGGACGGCCCCCGUCAUAUCGUCCUGAUGCCGCCGCUCCUCCUUUCAACAUGGUGCAGCCAGAGCGAGCUGUCUCUGGAUGCGAGUCUCAUAUCCAGAUGGAGACACAAGCUGCGAACUACCUUCGAACCACCAAACAGGAUAUCCAGCCCCGCCUGCACCGAAGUGCUCGUCUUCCUCACGUACAUCAACCUCGUUGGUCUGGUAACGGACACCGAGGUGGAUGUCGGAAUUGAGGCUGGCACACAUGCUCCAAUCUCGCACCAUCGAUCGGAGUUAUUGCAGUAG